UGUAUGAAAAUUGGCAUCUCUUCGUUUCCAUUCUCAAGGCGAUUCGACAUCUGCUCGAUCGUCACAGCCGACCGACACCAUCAUUAGCUUUCAUCAACGCUUUACUUCCAAACUUGUCGGGCCCCUCACGUUUCUUACAUCCAUGUAUGCAUUCGCAGCAGAUCUUUUUCUUUUCUUCCUACUCGAUUCCCUGACUGGACUGGGUUCUUCUUAUUUCAAGGGUGGCCUUACGGCUAUUCUGCCCUUAAAUGCUAUCAAGUCCUGUAGCAUUUGCCUCUCCGAAGGAGAGCACGAAAAACCUCACCAUGCGGCUCAACAAGCACAAGACAGCCCAGCAGUUCAAGCCUGCACGAUUUCAGCCCGUAAGCCCCACCACGUAGAUAUCAUUUAUCAAUCCCGGAGCGUCCAUAGUAUCAAGAAAAUAGAGAGACAGGUUCAAGUUUAGAGAUUAUGGGGCGAAGGUAGCCAGGCGCACACGAC